UAUGAAGAGCUUUUUCCAGGAAGUGUAGGUUGCUGUACCCUGUAUCCCCUGAGCAGCAGGCGCUCGCACAGCAGUUCUCAUGCUACUUGCAAGCAGCGCAUUUGGAGGAGCCCCAGCAACGUGCACGGAGGAUGAACGAACCCUAUGGCCCUGAGGCACCCCGUCCCAUCAGCAGCACAUCUCCUGGCAUCAUGAAAAUGUUCAUGGGCUUCCUCACUGUAUUUAUUGUAGUGCAGACCAUUGGGACCGUGCUGUUCUGUUUGUAUCUUCACAUGAAGAUGGAUAAGAUGGAAGAGGUGUUGAGCUUAAAUGAAGAUUACGUCUUCCUGAAGAAAGUACAGAAAUGUCAGACAGCAGAAGGUCAGAAGUCGACAUUAUUGGACUGUGAAAAGGUUAUAAAGGGCUUCCAGAACAUCCAGUGCAAGAAUGGAUCCCCCAAGGAGCAGCCCAGGUUUGAAAUGCAGAGAGGUCCUGAGCACCAUGAGCAUCCCCGUGUGACUCACAAGAACGAGACAUCUGUGGCAGCAGAGAAGAGGAAGCCAAUUGCAGUUCACCUGGCAGGUCAGCAGAGCAACAAGGCAGGCUCAGUGCUGGAGUGGAGGGAGACCAUGUAUGGCCCCACAAACAGCUUGAUAUCCAACAAGGAGGGGAAACUGAAGGUGGAGGAAGCAGGGCUCUACUACAUCUACUCCCAAGUCAGCUUCUGCACCACGGAAGUGUCUUUGGCACCCUUCACCCUCUAUAUUUAUUUACAUAUCCCCAAGGAAGAGGACCGGCUCUUGCUGAAAGGACAAAACACACAGACCUCUUUGAAGACGCAUGAAGAAGAAAGACACUCGAAGACCGUCUGUGGACUCCAGUCCAUCCGUGUGGGAGGUGUCUUCAACCUCCGGGAAGAUGACAUGGUCUUUGUCAAUGUGACAGACUCCACAAAAGUGAAGUACAGCCACGGCAACACCUACUUUGGCAUCUUCAAGCUGUAGUGAGGAAAGGGCUGUCCUGAACUAGGAAUCCAGCUCAACUUUCUUGAACAAAGUGCCUUUCCCUUUUUCCCUUAUUUAUGUUCCUCUGCCUUUCUGUUUUUCUUGUUUCUUAAUUUGUAUAUUUUGUUAUUUAUUAAUGAGGGCCAAGGGGCCCUGAGAACACAAAUGGAACAAAGUUUGAAGAUGUUAUUAUUUGCUUUCAGUUUUUAUUCUUUUGCAGCCAGUGAUUUGGUACAUGCUGGUGUUGUAUGUCUGGGUCCACCACAUCCCACAUUCCUGGCAGGGUUGAUGUUCCUGUUAUGUCAUAAGAGCUUUGUUUACCGAACUCUGCCAUCAGUGUUUCUUUCCUAGAAACGUAGGAUGGCUCAGGGUACUUCAGCCAAGCUAGGUUCAUGCAUAUCUCUGGUUCCAAUCUGCUUACAAACAUCAGUGGAAAAACAUUUAAAGGCUUAGGAACAUCUUCUCUAAAGGAAUCAGUAAGCCCAGCACUGGUAGCUGCUGGUGAGGCAAUGUUGCCACCCCAACUGUCAGCUGUAUCUGGAGAACCCCCUUUUUUCCAUCCAUGUCUGUCUGUGAAACUCAACCAACUUCCUCAGGGUGGCACUGCCUUGGCUGGGUUCAUACUUGGUGACAAUCGCUCCACACCAGAGGGGUGAUUGGUGGCUGAGGGAGGACUGCAGAUUUCAAGGCAGAGAGAAAGUAGGGCACUAGUGGUGGUCUGCUCUUGGUGACCUGAAUCAGUUCACCACACUGUCCUCCCACCUCUGCUGGCAGAGGACCCUUUGCCUGUGGACAGUUUCACUACCCUGUGGAAGGGGCACUGGGCACCACCGUCAAAACUGGAACUGCAUCUUCUCCUGAGAUCCCUCCUACCCAAGGAGGAGGACCAGGAAACCUGCCAGCGGGUGGCAGGACCACCUACUUCUUCCCUCCAAGACACGUGCAGAGCAUCUUCUGAUUGUUCUCAGUGAGGACGUGUCCACAGGGGCAUUUUUCCUGGAGCUCCAGGAGAGCAGGACUGUGCAGAUGCCCCCUUGGGCAGGGGGUACCUGGGUGACACUGCACAUUAGGGUCUUCCCAACCCUAUUCUCCAGCUUGGUCUGCAGGGAGGAUGAUCAGAGCACAAGGACAUUGAUUGCAUUUUAAAAAACAUUUGAAGAUGACACAUGUGACAAGCCUGGGGUUUUUGGUUGUACCGGUCACACUUAGAGUGUCAAAGUUUGGAAAUAAUCUUGGAUGCCAACAAGUUUGCAAAUGGAAGAGCUUCUAGAUUUGGACAGUCUUUAGGCUCUGUUGUGCUGGAGUCUGCAGGUCUAGUCCUAACAUAGUACCCAAAUGCCACCACUGGUGGGACAGAAGGGGCGUUCUUUGCACAGCUCAUUGCAGAGCUCGGUGCCCAGCACAGCCUCCUUCAAAAUCAAUAGAGCUCAGGGACUGUUUGGUUUCACAAUAAUUUGGUAAGUAUUUUUUGGAUGUUCUCCAAAAGUACCUAACUUUUUUAGGGGAUGGACCACUCUUGUCUGACAUCUUGUAUGAAGGCUAUUUAACUAAACCCAUCUUAUAUUUGUAACCAGAGAGACUGAGUGCCAGAGGACUGUGCAUUAUGCUGUGUUUUGCAGCAUAAUUCAGGGUUCAUGGUUCCCCCUUCCACAGUGUGGGGUUUCUUCCACUGAUCACCCCACAAUUAAUACAAUUUAUGGAUUCAGA